AUGGAAAUUCGGCAUCGGAACUUAGAAGGUUGGUAUUUCAACCAAAUCAAGGGGACCUGUGAAGAUGUCAAUGAAGCUGAUAUUAUAUCUUGUGUUGAAUAUGAUAAAACUGGCGACUUUUUAGCAACCGGUGACCAUGGCGGUAGAAUUGUGAUUUUUAAACGAGAAAAUGAAGAUAAACUUCAAAAAUGCAUCAGUCACAAUGUGUAUUGUACAUUUGUCAGUCAUGAACCGGAAUUCGACUAUCUUAAAUCAUUGGAAAUUGAAGAGAAAAUCAAUAAAAUCCGAUGGUUACCACGUACUAAUCAUGCACAAUUUCUGCUUUCUACAAAUGACAAAACAAUUAAACUUUGGCGCAUUACUGAACGGUGUCGACGUGUUGCCAAUAGUACUUGUACAUCAUCUGAUUACUUCUUACACAAUAAUACAACUAGAAGUACUAAUACUACCGAUAAUGAUGAUAAUCUUAUGUUGAACGAUAAGAAUAACUCAUCCGUUUCAUUGAAUAAAAUUUAUCAGAAAACUGAUCUACGUGUACCAUAUUAUGAAGAUAUUGACCCUGUCAUGGAUGCACAUCCUAAACGAAUAUUUGCUAAUGCACAUACUUAUCUUAUUAAUUCAUUAUCAGUGAAUUCUGAUCAAGAAACAUUUCUCUCAGCGGAUGAUUUAAGAAUUAAUUUAUGGAAUUUAGAAAUUACCAACCAAUCAUUCAAUAUUGUUGAUUUAAAACCUGUGAAUAUGGAAGAUUUGUCUGAAGUGAUAACAGCUGCUCAAUUUCAUCCAUCAGCGUGUUCAUUAUUUAUUUACAGCAGCAGUAAAGGCACCAUACGUUUAUGUGAUAUGCGUCAACGUGCACUGUGCGAUGAACAUGCAUUAUCGUUUGAAGAAGUCGACGAUCCAAUGAGUCGGUGUUUUUUCUCUGAAAUUAUUAACAAUAUAUCCGAUUUAAAUUUUAGUCAUUCCGGUCGUUAUAUUUUAAGUCGAGAUUACUUAACAUUGAAAGUUUGGGAUUUAAAUAUGCCUCGUCGACCAGUUGAAACUUACCUCGUUCACGAUUAUUUCCGUACAAAAUUAUGUGCACUCUAUGAAAAUGAUUGUAUAUUUGAUAAAUUCGAAUGUCAAUGGUCACCAAACGAUGAUAUGGUUGUCACCGGUUCAUACAAUAAUUACUUUCGUGUAUUUGAACGUGGUACCUCGAAUGAUCUACUAAUGGAAGCAUCUCGUGAAGCUAUGGAAAAUAGUGUAUGCGGUAAACUGAAACCAUGUCAAGUGAUAUCUGAUGGAACUAUCGGGGGUAGCAGUGCCAGUAGUAGUGGUGCUUUCGCUCGAUCAUGGUCUGAGGGUAAAGUCAAUGUGGAAUGUAUGGAUUUAACACGUAAACUGCUUCAUUUAUCAUGGCACACACGUGAAAAUACUCUAGCGUUGGCUGGUACUAGUAGUCUUUACUUACUUGACUACUAUCCUGAUAAUCGUCAGUUAAGUGAUAAUCCAAUAGAAUCACAACGAACUGAUCACCUAAUGAACGGUGGUGUUAAUGACAGUAGUAAUCAUUAUUUUGACAACAAUAAUAUUACUUCUACACCGUCUAAUUAA